CUCCGGUCACGUGGCGCGGAGAGGCGCUGGAUUAAUGCAGCGGUGGGGCACUAACAGGACGGUAACGGGAAACGGAAACAACUCAGGAUUUAACGGCGACGGCAUACAUGAACUAGCCGUGCUGUGUUUGGACGGAAGAUGAUUUCUCCGUGGGACAGAUGCUACACGAGCAGCUGCUGCCUGUGCUGUCAUGUACGGACGGGCACCAUUAUCCUGGGCAUCUGGUAUAUGCUCAUCAAUGCAGUGGUUUUGUUAAUCCUAUUGUCGGCUCUCAAUGACCCAGUCCAGUACCACUACCACCUCACCAGCCCCGAACUCGGCACGGAUUUGGAUGUCAUGGACGAUGCAAACAUGUGUAUCGCUGCUGCAAUCUCAUUGCUGAUGAUUUUGAUUUGUGGAAUGGCGACCUACGGUGCAUAUAAGCAACAUGCUGCAUGGAUCAUACCUUUCUUCUGCUACCAGAUCUUUGACUUUGCUCUUAACACACUGGUAGCAAUAAGUGUUGUCGUUUACCCCAACACUAUACAGGACUAUCUUCAGCAGUUGCCUGGGACCUUUCCAUACAAAGAGGACUUGAUGUCCACAAACAACAUGUGCCUAGUAUUAGCAGUGCUUCUCUUCAUUGGAUGCAUCUUAGCCUUUAAGGCUUACCUUAUUGCCUGUGUGUGGAACUGCUACAGAUACGUCAGUGCAAGAAGCACUACAGAGGUCCUGGUUUAUGUCACCACAAAUGACACUACAGUACUACUUCCACCCUACGAGGAGGCAGUCGCCAUCCCACCGAAGGAUCCCCCUCCCCAGUACGUUUCAGCUUGAGAAUCACACCCUUCUCGUACUACGCUCCUCCCAAACCUUCUCCGAAGUAACACUCUCCGUCACAGUAGCCCAUUCCGUUGCCCCGGUCUCCUGUUUGUCGCUGUGUGACGUAAGUCUCCUCUCUGGAGGCAGCAGCAUGACUUUGAGACGCCCUUCCCUCGACAAGGCUGCCCAGCUGUCCUGGCAUCCCAACGCUGUGUGUCAGCUCCAAUCUGAUUUGCACUUUCGGCGAUUAUGUGCGGCUCUGGCCUUUUGAAUACUGUGAAUUUCUCAGUAGUGUUAUUGUCUACUGAUAUACCUGAGAUUUGAAUGCGGCGUGCAUGAUAAACACGGGAGUUACGUAAGAGCACUUUUUUGAAAUGGGAAUUACCUAGAAAUGUACUGAAUGUAAGAAGCCGGCAUUUUCACUUUAAUUUCGUUGUACUGUACGAAAUAAAAAUGACAAGUUUUUAUUCAGAAUAUAAUUAAAUUAGGUGUAAAAAAAAUAAUGCGAGCAAUUCUACACCAUUUUAUCUAACAAAGUGAAAUCUUUCAAGUCUUCCUUUAAACACAAUGUCCCAAAACAUGAUGCAAUCAUUGAUUAAUAUUCUCUUUCAAUCAGUCAAAUGCUAAUCGUUAGUUUUAGAUGGUGUAGAUGUCGCAAAGACUGAAUGAUCCUGCUGCUUGUUAACAGUUACAAAGCUGUAUACACUUAAUAUACUUGAUAACAUUGGUUUAAGUGUGAAAUCAAGUAGAUUUGAAUGAUUUUAUGGACUGUUUCAUGCAUCAUAGGGGUCUGACUUCAAAUUAAAGGACUUGUCACUUGUUUACUUUAAAAAAAGCUAAUAUUUGGGUUACGGUGCCAUCACAUUUACCAUUUUUUCAAUAGGAGUCCAUGCAAUUAGGAAUUCAGUUUCCCCAUUAAAAGAUUUAAGAACAUUAAGUUUGGCGCACAAAUUCGCCACGAACAAAAGCUGCAUGGUUUGAAAGUGACUUCUGUGUGAACUGUGCUUCAUACAUCACUACACCAUUAACAAUACACAAUAGACCUUUUUAGUCUCAAAAUGUUUCUAAAAUUUUGGUAAUGUAAACGCAUCUUUAUAGUUGAGGCACUUAGAAUGGAAGUGAACUGGGCCAGUCUGUUAAAGUGAAAAUAUUUACUGUAUUACUUUCAAUAGCAUCACCACACGACAUGUUAACAUGAUUUUAGUGUGAAAAAAUCCCAAACUUUCUCUAUGUGAAGUUAUGUCCCAUUUUACAGUUGAACCACUAAACCCCUAAAUUGACUAAAAAUAGUUUAAACCGCUUUACAGCUCAAAUAACACACAGGUUUCAACAGAAAUAUUAAAGUGCUUUCAUAAAAUUUGAAGCUUCACACUUAAAAUCCUUUAAAAUAUCUCCAUUCACUUCCAUUGUAGGUGCCUAACAUACCUUGAUUUUUUAAAUG